AAAUCCACUUUUCUUUAUCCCCAUGGCUUUGUUAUUCCCAUGUCUUCCUCAAUUCUUGUUAUCCUCUAAGCCUUCCAAGGUUCUUAUCAAAUCCGCCUUAAACGCUAGUUCGAACUGGAAUUUCGUUCCCAUCUCUCCGCAGUCAACGGAGGGAGCGUCGGCAAAGAAGAGAUGCCUGAGAUGCGGCACGCUCUACCGGGAUAGGGAUAACUCCCCCACGGCUUGCUCCUUCCACGGCCACACAACAGGAGAAAGAGGAUUAUUCUCAUUAGCUCCACCGCAUCAAGGAAUAGAUGGUGAGUGGAGCGAUAGGAGUGGAGUGAUUGUUUAUAAGUGGAAUGAGAAGACAGAAAGGCCAAAUACGGGGAGGGCUAAUUGGAAGAAAAGAUGGAGUUGUUGCGCUGAAUAUGAUCAGAACGCCCCGCCAUGCCGACGAGGAUGGCAUGUUUCUUAUGACGAUGGCUUCAUGCUUUAUUAGCGUUUGUUUGUAGCAUAUUAUGAAUAUCUAAAUGCGCAUAAAGAAAUGAACUUGGAUGGUCUAAUGCUAUAUGAUCUUUAGUGUAAGCUCGUGUAAUCCAUAAAUCAAUGUUUAAAAAAGUUGGUUUUGGUUACUUGCUGAACA